CACUAUUGCGCAUGUGCAGCAGUGUUGUCACGAUUAUCUUCAAGACCAGUAGUGAUUUUUGUGUAGUAACGUUAUAAUCAUCAUGAAGGCACUUAGGGGAAUGGUGAGCGGAGCCGUGAGCGAAAUAUCAUCUGCGGUUACCGGGAGCAAACAUGUCGCCGUUCGGGAAAAUGUCCUUGCCGUGACUCGUGACUACAUUUCUCAGCCGAGAUUGACUUAUAAAACUGUGGCUGGUGUUAAUGGACCCCUGGUGAUUUUGGAUCAAGUGAAGUUCCCCAGGUAUGCUGAGAUUGUCCAUCUGACUCUCCCUGAUGGUACCAAGAGGAGUGGACAGGUGCUGGAGGUCAUAGGCUCCAAAGCUGUGGUUCAGGUGUUUGAGGGAACAUCUGGUAUUGAUGCCAAAAAAACCACGUGUGAAUUUACAGGGGACAUUUUGCGUACACCUGUGUCUGAGGAUAUGCUGGGUCGUGUGUUCAACGGAUCAGGAAAGCCGAUUGAUCGAGGGCCUGCAGUGUUGGCAGAGGACUACUUGGACAUCAUGGGUCAGCCGAUUAAUCCUCAGUGUCGUAUUUAUCCUGAGGAAAUGAUCCAGACUGGCAUCUCUGCCAUAGAUGGCAUGAACAGUAUUGCCAGAGGCCAAAAAAUUCCCAUUUUCUCUGCUGCCGGUCUACCCCACAAUGAGAUUGCUGCACAGAUUUGUCGUCAGGCGGGAUUGGUAAAGAAAUCCAAAGAUGUGAUGGAUUACAGUGAGGAUAACUUUGCCAUUGUGUUUGCUGCCAUGGGGGUCAACAUGGAGACUGCAAGAUUUUUUAAGUCCGAUUUUGAAGAGAACGGGUCCAUGGACAACGUGUGCCUCUUUUUAAAUUUGGCCAAUGAUCCCACGAUUGAACGCAUCAUCACCCCUCGGCUUGCACUUACCUCAGCUGAGUUUCUGGCUUACCAGUGUGAGAAGCACGUGCUGGUCAUAUUGACUGACAUGAGCUCUUAUGCCGAGGCUUUACGAGAGGUCUCUGCAGCUAGAGAAGAAGUUCCUGGUCGACGUGGUUUCCCAGGUUACAUGUACACCGAUCUGGCCACAAUAUACGAGAGGGCCGGACGUGUGGAGGGACGCAAUGGCUCCAUCACCCAAAUCCCAAUCCUCACUAUGCCCAACGAUGAUAUUACCCAUCCUAUUCCUGAUUUAACUGGCUACAUCACUGAGGGUCAAAUUUAUGUGGACAGACAGCUUCAUAACAGACAGAUCUAUCCUCCUAUCAACGUACUACCUUCUUUGUCUCGACUGAUGAAAUCAGCCAUUGGCGAGGGAAUGACACGCAAAGACCACUCAGAUGUUUCUAAUCAGCUUUAUGCUUGCUAUGCUAUCGGGAAAGAUGUGCAAGCAAUGAAGGCCGUGGUUGGGGAAGAAGCACUGACAUCAGAUGACUUGUUGUACUUGGAGUUCUUACAGAAAUUUGAGAAGAACUUUAUUUCCCAGGGUGCAUAUGAGAAUCGAACUGUGUUCGAAACACUGGACAUUGGCUGGCAGCUCUUGAGAAUCUUCCCCAAAGAGAUGCUGAAGAGGAUUCCUCAGAGCACUCUUGCUGAGUUUUAUCCCCGAGACUCCAAACAUUAGUCUUAUUUCCUUUUUUGUUUAUUCCUUUCUUAUUUAUUCUUUGUCUCUCUCAAUCAGCUGUGAAUCUGUCUUCUACACUUUUAGAUGUUACUCAAUCUCUUUGCUCAAAUCAAGUAUAGUAAGUCUACACUGAGGAAUUACAAAGUUCUUUUUCAUUGCUGCUCUUGGUAUUUAUUUAUUAUGUAGGUGUUGCUAAACAGUAAAGAAAAUAUUGUAUGAAUAUCGUCACUACUCUACAGUGUGGAAGUGUUUUUGUGUGUAUCUCAGUAUGUCAAACUGUGUUCUAACCAAGUGGUAUAUGAAGUAAAGGCCAACUUUUCUCUUAAUGUGCAAAAUUAAGAGAACUGACAAAGCUACUACAAUGCAUCACAAAACAUUGUUUUAUUUCAAAAGUGCCAAGAUGAAUGUAAAGUGGCUUAAUGUAUUUUAUGCAUUUGUCAUCAUUAUAAUGAAUUUUAUGCACAUAUUUAUCAUAAAGUAUAAAAGAAAGCCAUAUGUUCAUAGAGUGCAUUAAAAGGGAAUAGAUGAGCACAGUGGCACUAUCAAAUCAAAGGAGGAAAUCCAAACAGCAAUAGAUUUUUUUUUCAUACUUUGUCAUGCUGUUAGUUAAUUUGUUUUGUAUAAAAUGUGUAAUGUGUAAGCAAUGUAUUUAUUAUAAUUUAUUUUGGUGCCAUAAAUUUAUAUAUAUAUAUAUAUAUACUUAAGUAUAGUGAGUGAUAUCAAGUGAAUUCAUAAUGAAGUGAUUGUUAUCCUAAUGCAUGAACACUUAUUGAAAAUAUGUAUGUGAUCACUUGCUUCAUUAAAUAAAACUUGAUGUGGCGUAAAUUAA